AUGAAUGAUGAGGAAGUUGUAAACAAACAUAAGAAUUUUUUUAAUAAUAAAUUUUAUAAUACAAAUGAAAAAAAAAAUAAUGUUAAUCAUGGAAAAAUAAAUGGAGAAAAAUUAAACUAUACUAAUAAAAUAAAUAGAGGUCAACAAUUUGAAGGAAAAAAUAUGAACGAAUAUAAUUAUAAUGCCCAAAGAAAUAAGACUAUAUCAAAUUCAAAAUAUAGAGACAACCAAAUAAAUGGAAUACCAAAUGAAGGUCAACAAUUAUAUAAUAAUAAUUAUUUAGAAAAUUAUUUUACUUGUUAUAAUAAUAGUGACAUUUCUAAGGGUAGUAGAAAUAGUAACAUUGAAAAUGAAAGCCCAGAUUUUUCGUAUAACAAAAAUAAUAUGAAUAUAAAAAAACGAAUGAGCAUUUACCCGCCAUACAAAAACAAUAGCUAUUUCAAUAAUAAAACUGGAUAUGUAAAUAAAAAUAUCUUGGCAAAUGCCCAAAAUGUUUCCUUAAAUAAUAAUAAUAAUGGAUAUAUACAAAAUAAUUUAAAAAUGGAUAACAAUUCUAAUUCGGGUCCAAUACCCCCAGAUUAUUUAAUGAGAAGGGACCUCGUAAAUUGGAAUGACAAUAAUAUGCCAGAUAGCCAUGAUACAAAUAAAAAUAAAAAUAAAAAAAUAUCAGCUAGCUAUAUUAAUAAAUGUGCAGGUAAUAAUUAUGACAACUUUAGAGAACCGCAUAGUAAUAUUAUCAACAAUUUUUAUGUCCCUAACCAAUCAAAUAACAUUUCUACUUAUAAAAAUAACUUAAUAAAUGAUGAGACAAAUUACAAAUUAAAUGUGAAUAACGGUCUAAAUAUUGGAAACAUGAAUAAUAAUUAUUUUAUGAACACAAAUAAUUAUAAUAGUUGUGGCUACCCAAACAGCCAUAAUAAAAAUGGACAUUAUAAUAAUACAAUAAAUUAUAUGGGGAAUAAAAAAAAAAAUCAAAAGGCACACACAAAAAAAAAAAAUAAUAAUUUUUUAAAUAAUAAUAUAAGUGUAAAGAAAGAUAUAAAAAAAAGUGAUAAUGAUUUAGAGAAUAAAAAAAGUGAAAAUAAAAAUGAAUCAAAAAUUAUUUAUUGUAAAUAUUGCAAUAUAGAAGUUAAUGAAAAAGAAUUAGAAGAACAUAAUAAAUUAGAACAUAUUAAAUGUCCUAUAGAUAAUUGUGGAGAAAUAUAUAAUAUCGAACUUUUUGAUAUUCACUUAUUAAGUCAUGAAAAAAAUGAAAAAAAUGAAAAUAUUUUAGAAAGUAAAGAAGAAAUACAAAAAUGGAUUGAAGAACGAAAAAAAAAUUAUCCUACAAAAAAAAAAAUUAUGGAAAUGAAAAAUAAUAGUAAUAUAAAUUCUGAAACAAAAGAAAAUAAUAAUAAAGAAAAAAAAAUAACAAGUUUGAUUGAAAAAUUGUUAGUAGAAAAAUAUUCGUCUGCUAUUGGUAGAAAUAUUUAUUAUCAAACUCAGUCACAAAAAAAAUCUAUAUUUGUUCCAAUAUUAAAUAAAUUAAUUGAAAAUAAUUAUAAAAAUGUAUAUGAAAGUACUUAUUAUAGUAUUUCAGACAAGAAUAAUCAAAAAAAUAAAAAAUUUAACAAAAGGUUACAAAAAAAUAGUAUGAUCGACUCAUUAAAUAUUCAUAAAAAUGCACCACUUAUAUAUCAAUUAAUGAAAAAUGAUAUAUAUGUGUAUGAACAAAAAUUAAUGCAAUGUAUUGAAUUUAUAGUAAAUAAUAAAUUUUUUGACAAUACAUUUGAUGCUAGUCAGGACAUUGUUGAGGUGGAAAAUGUUUAG